AAAUAAUGGGAAAAAAACGGAACUGAGCGCACGUUAUUAUUUACUGAUCAACAAACUAUUAUAUCGGGCUUGUACAUAAUAGAGUUACCGUCACUUGUUUAUAGAAACCGUGGUAAGCUAGUACUGUGAGCACGUGAGUAUGUUUGUGUGCUUGUGGUGCGGUCUUAUGGGUGGUACCCGGCGACACUGACUUCUUGCAAAGGGCGGCUUAGAACUCUCUCUAAAGUGCGUCUUUUUUGACUGUGACUACAGUACUGGUUAAAACUUGGAUAACGGGAACGUUCUCACAAUACUUCAUUGGAUCAUUGUGGUUUGGAUAUCUGGUAAACUGUGACUCAGGGAGAGACUCCAGAGGAAAGAGAAUGGCAGUUCAUAUUAUAAUUUUCUGCUACAUUCUGUUGGCAGGCGAUACUGCUGUUUUGGAAGUUGACGCUCAUGACUGUGGUCCUUUUCCAAGCUUCACAAAUGGAAUAACUGAGUAUCCCAACAAAGUCACAACAAGUGGUUCUGCAGUUCACCUCUCCUGUGAAAAAAGGUAUCGACUUCAAGGGGCAGCAAGAAGAGUUUGCAGUUCAAGUGGCUGGGUUGGUGGUAAUGCUACAUGUGUACCUGUUAUGUGCCCUAAACCUGAAGUAAAAGAUGGUCACGUGGUGUAUGAGAAUGGACCCGAGAACCAGUUUAAUACUUCAGUUACAUUUAAGUGUAAUGAAGGUUUCAGAAACAGAGGCAGUUUAGCUGUAGCAUGCAACAAGGACGGACACUGGGAUCCUCCACUUCCUACAUGUGAAGGAUUCCACAAUAAAACUGUUGGAGAAUACCCUACAAGGCUUUCAGAUGGUGUCAGGACUUCUGAUGUACCACUAGGAAACACAGAAGGAGUCCACAACAAAACUGUUGGAGAAAACCCUGCAAGGCUUUCAUAUGGUGUUAGGACUUCGGAUGUACCGCUAGGAAACACAGAAGGAAUUCACAAUAAAACUGUUGGAGAAUACUCUACAAGGCUUUCAUAUGGUGUCAGCACUUCUGAUGUACCGCUGGGAAACACAGAAGGGCCCACCAGUGCAGAUGUCAGAAAACUCUCUACAGUGGUUCCAGAUGUUGGCGGCACUUCUGAUGCAUCACUGGGAAGAACAGAAGGUAUGUAG